ACUAAAAUGAAAGCAGCUUCCGAGCUCUCAGUCUUUCUCCACAAAACCAUCAAAUAAAUUUGGUCAUGGCUUUGUUUUUCAUGGCUACAUCUCUUAACCCGAAACCCAUUCCUCCUCCAUUCCUUAACCCAAAGCACAAGCACCCCUUCAAGCUCAUCUCUUUUAAGUCUUCUUGUAAAACGUUUGCUCAGUCAGAAGGACAAGGAGGGGGAGUCAAAGAGGAAGAACCCCCUGCUUCUUUCUCUGGAUCUUUGUCUUCUACACGCACACAACUGGAUCUCUUGGAACAACUAAGUUCUACUAGCUCUGCUGUUGAUGGUAUGCGAAUCUUAUCCCUAGAUAAAUGCAAAUGUAUUAUGCAUUUCUUUCUCAGAAAAAUGACUAGAUGGAAGAACAGUACAAUUUGUAAAAUUAAGUGA